AUGUUACAGAGGAUCGAUACAAACCUGAACGAAUGCCAGGCCUUGAUACUCACACCCAUCGACGAGUCAGUCAUGCAGAUUCAAAAAAUCAUCACUAUCUUGGGCAUUUACACGGGCACGCGAUGUUACGCUUUUCCCACCGACCUCAACAUCAGCGACGACAUUAGCCUGUUGGAACAAGAUGCAACGCCCCACAUAAUAAUUGGUACACCCAAUUCCAUUUUGGACAUGAUAAAUCGAGGCGCGUUUUCCACCGAACACAUCAACAUGUUUGUCCUCGACGAAGCUGACGAGAUGCUCUUUCCCCGUUUCAAGUAUCCAAUCUACAAUGUACUCAUGACUCUACCGCCCAACGUCCAGGUAAUCCUAGUAUCGAAUACCAUGUCCACGGAGGCAAUGGAGGAGUCCUUGUGCUUGGUGAGGAAGCCGAUUCAAAUAGUCGUUGAAAGAAAGGAAUUGACAUUUGAAAAUGUGAAACAGUACUACGUCGUUGUUAAGCGCGAGGUUUGGAAGUUCUCGACUUUGCUCGAUUUAUCCAAGACAAUGACCAGCCUGAAGGUAAUCGUAUAUUGCAACACUCGUGAAAAGGUCGAUUGGCUGACUUGUAAUCUGGACCGUCAAAACUUUUGUCUUCCUAUUACCGCCAUUCACGGUGGUAUGGAUCAAGAAGAGCGCGAUCAUAGAAUGCGUUUGUUCAAUGGCGGAAGCAAAAGCGUCAUUAUCACCACUGAUAUUAUCAGUGACAUUGAUUUUCUCAUUAUUUCUCUGGUCAUUAACUAUGAUUUACCUUUAAACUGUGAAAACUACAUUCGCCGCAUCAGACCAGAUUUUAAGAGGUAUUGUAACAAUCCAAGGGGUGUUAUUAGCUUAGUUACAGCCAAUGAGAAGAAAAUCUUGAAGGAUUUUGGAAAAACUUACAAUAUGCGCAACGAAGAGAUGCCGUCUUCCCUUAAUUUCCGUGCAGAAUCCCCCAAAUGA